UCGCUGGAAGACGAAGAGAAGAUGUCGACGCAAGAGCUGCUCGUUAAAAAUUUUGGCAAGAAAGAUCCAAAACGACAUCUGGAAGAAGCGGUAGAUGCUCUUUUGAAUGAUAACAUCGUCGAGAAUCUUGGCCUUAUGCUCGACGUCGAUAUUUUAAAAUAA